UACCUUCAAGUACAUAAUUCAUAUAUGUCUGAAUCUUCUGGGUUGUAUGACAAAAAAGUUGGAUCUUUUGAGCCGCUUCCACCUGGCUGGACGGAACAUUUAGCACCGUCUGGGCAUCUAUAUUAUUAUCAUAAAGCUACUCGUGUAUCUACAUAUAAACGUCCUUGCUUGGAUUCUUUACCGGAAAAAUUAGAUAAUACUUCAUCAUCUGGAGCAUCUAUGGUUUUAGAAAAAUCGGAAGAUAAAUCGAGUUUAUUGAAGAAAGAUGCUAGUUUUCCUAUAGAUAAGGAGUCUUCUCUCCGUUUAAAAGCAGAUCGUCCGAAAUACAAGUUUCCAAUUGUUAAUGCAUUUCCUUGGGUUAGAGUAAUCACAAAGCGUCGUUGUCAAUUUGUGCAUAAUCCAGAGACAGGAGUUUCUCUUUGGGUUCCUCCAGCAGAUGUUUUUGAAGCAAUGGUUCAUGAAAAUAAGAAUGGGAAACUUAUGAAUGAGGUUUUGGAUAGAUUUGGAGAAUCUUCGAGUAAUUCGGACGACUCUUUAUAUAGUUCUGAUACCGAUGACUCUUCCAAUGCUUGUUCUAAUAAUGAAAAUCAUGCAUCUGCUGAUGAUUCUUGCAAUGAUCCUUUUACAGCAUUGGAUCAUACAGAAUAUACAGAAAAUGAUAUUGCUUGGCAACUUGAAGCUAUAGAAAAUAAUAGUAUGAUAAACAUUGAUCCAGAAACAGAAAUUUCCGAAGAAGAAAAGGCUCUACAGUUUAAAAUAAUGUUACAAGAGUUAGACGUUAAUCCAUAUCAUCCUUGGGAUCAGGAGGUUUCAAAGAUUGUAAUGGAUCCACGUUAUUUUUUAAUUAAUACUAUGAAAGGAAGAAAAGAUUUGUUUGAAGAAUUUUGUAAGGAACGAAUUGCACAACAAAAGAAAGAAAUAGAAUCUAGACCAAAAAGAGAUCCUAAAAUCUCAUUUAUAACAUUACUUCAAAUUCCACAGACAUCUAAGAUGUAUUGGCAUGAAUUUCGAAGGAAAUUUAAGAAAGAACAAGAAUACAAAGACUUUGGGAUGAAUGAUAAAGAAAGAGAAAAGCUUUUUAGAGCAUAUCAAGAGCAAAUGAAAUAUGAUAGUAAAAAGAAAGAACAAGACUUCUACGCACUGCUAAAAGAAACAUCAACUGUGACAAAAAAUACUACACUUCUUUCAUUACCUGAUGAGGUAUUAUGCGAUUUGAGAUAUGCUGUAAUUCCCUCUGAAAAAUUAGAAGAAUAUAUUGAUAAAUAUACUAAAACCCUUUAAUUUUAAUCUAGCUAGAUAAGUGUUUAAAAAAUUAUUCAAGAAUUUGAAAUAUUUGUCAUUUAUUCUAUAAAUUUAUCGCGGUUUAAUGCCUGUAUGUAUAGCAACAAUCCCAAAGGAAAGAUUGUGAUAUCCAUUACCUAUCAACUUAAACCCUGCGCUUUCCAUCAUCUUGGAAAAUGUUUUUUGAUCAGGAUGUUUUACAAUUGAUUCGGCAAGAUAUUGAUAACUAUCUCUAUUUCCUACUACAACUUCACCCAUAAUUGGAAUAAUAUUGAAUAAAUAAUAAUUAUAUAGUGAUUCUAAAGGCUUUAAAGAUAUCCUUGAAAAUUCCAAACAGCUAAAAACUCCUCCAGGUUUUAAUACACGAUAUGCCUCUUUCAGAACAUCCAUAAUUCUUGUACAAUUUCUAAUACCAAAUGCAAUUGUAUAGAUAUUUAUAGAUGAUGAUGCAAUAUCCGUCAAAUUUUCUGCAUUUUGUAUGAAAAAGUCUAUCCUUUUGGCUAAAAAAUGUCAAUUAUUUUUUUUUAAAAAAAAACAUAUACAAUAUCUGUAACGACUAUUUUCAAGCCUUUUUUUCCCGAUCUCUAUCAUAUCAGGAUUUAUAUCUACACAUUUUACCCUUGUUUGUGUAUCAAAAUGAACAUCGGUAGCAUAAUCUAACAAACGAAAUGCAAUAUCUCCUGUCCCCCCCGCAACAUCUAAAAGAUGCAUUGGUUCUUCAUUUAAUGAGCCUGGAUCUAGCCUCUGAACGAAUUCAUCCUUCCAAAGUCUAUGAAUACCUAAAGACAUGAUAUCAUUCAUUAAAUCAUAUGAAGAUGCAAUAGAAGUAAAAACAUUAUGAACUAAUAAUAAUGUUGGCUAAUUCAUAAAUGAGUUUUCAACAAACCAAGGUUUUCUUUCUGAGAUUCUGGGACCUUUUUAAAACCAAAAUGAGUACCAUUUUCUAAAAUUUGAUCUUUCAAAAUACGAGGUGAAAAAUGAUACUGUGAUUUGAUAAUAAAUGACGGUUUAUAUACCAACA